UUCAGAGAUACAAUUUUGGAUUUUGUGAACAUUAUUGUUUUAACUGCUAUUUACAUUAUUUUAUGGAAAUAUUUAGGUUGCAAAAGACUGAAAUGUGUACCACUGAUACCGCAAUUAAGGAAUGGGAGCGUUGGUGUCGUCUCUGCGCGAAACAUGAUGGUUGUUACUUUGAUACAUUUCUAGAGCAGUCUCCACAGUCUCUUUAUUCGGAUGUAAAUCUUCAUUCCAUUAUAGAGGAAUUAUUCCAUAUUAAGAUAAAGCCUAGAGAUGGACUCCCAAUAUCACUGUGUACUGAAUGUUGUUCUGCAAUAGCAUCUUUGGAAAAAUAUGCGGAACAUAUAAAGAAAGUUCAAAAAAUGUACAAAGAUUUAAAAAAUACAGCAGAGUUCGCCGAUAUAAACCUCAAAGAUUUAUAUAAAAAAUACGGUUUAUUUAAAUGCGAGUCAAAUCUGCCCCAAUCAACAACAUCUGCAGUCGAACAAAUAUUUGUUCCUGUAAACCCAAAUGCAAUCGUUAAAGUUGAAGAAAUGGAAAUAACGGAGUCAAAGGAAGUAAAACAAGAAACUGAAAUCGAUGUGGAUUUCCAUGAUCCUUUCGCAAACGAUAACCAGAAUUUGGAGGAGAGCACUCAUAUAAGUGAAGAUAGUGAAAGUAGUAACAAUAAAACUGACUCUGACUGUGAUUCUGACGAAUUUUCAGAACAAAAAUUGGGAUAUAAUAAAAAUGUCAAUGAAGACAAAGAGGGAGGCAGUUAUUCUUGCAAUAUCUGCCAAUUGAGUUUUAUACAACGUAGGAACUAUAUGUAUCACAUGAAAACUAAGCACAGCACAGAAGUUCCAUUUUGGAACUGUUCUCACUGUAGUAGUUCUUUCAAAUAUAAAAAGGAGCUGGAACGUCAUACAAGGAAAAUUCACGCUCCGAGUGUUUAUCCGUGUCCACAUUGUCAUCGAAAAUUUAAAAGUUCAAAAGUCGCCGAAAAUCACAUUAAGGCUGAGCACGAAGGUACACGUUCAUUAAUUUGUGAAGAAUGCGGAGAAAGUGUGCGUACUAAACAAAAACUUUUUGAACAUAUGGCCUUACAUGCAGGUCAUGGAGCCUAUGAAUGCAAAAAUUGUGGCAAACAAUACCUGCGAAAACAAUCUUUAAAGAGGCACUUAGAAAUCCAUGGAGAUAAACAUACUUGUGGAGAAUGUCUUUUAGAGUUCAAGACAUCUAAUGCACUCAAAAACCAUAUGAAGGUGCACUCCGAUGAAAUGCCAUACAAAUGCAAUUAUUGCGGGCGUAGAUUUAAGCGUGCAAAAAAUUUGAAGAAUCAUCUUAUUACGCAUACUGGUCUCAAACCAUAUUCGUGUGACUUCUGUGAUAAAACAUUUUCAACUGGAUCAAGUUGCCGUUAUCACAAAAAACAUUUACAUCCAAAGGAACUGGCCGAACAAGAAGCGGCGGGCGUAAAAACGUAUACAAAAAAUAUACCCACAUUGAGUGUGUUAAGAGCAAUAACGCAAGUUGCUGGAAAAAUAGAAAACGAUGAUGGUUGUAUAGGCGAUAAGAGAAUAAAAGUUCCAAAACUAGAUGCUGAGUUACCUGAUGGCUAAAAUGCAUAAUAAAAUUAAGUUAGAAGUAUAAGUACCCAACUGUAGAUUUUAUAAUAAUUUGAUAAUUAAGUAUGUAUGGAUAUAGAUGACAUUUUCACUUACUCAAAGCAAGUAUAGACAAUUAAAUAAUUGGGAAAGUGGAAAAGGCGCAUAACUUACGAGCUAG